UUAACAGCGCGCUGGCAGGGUGUGGGCAGCAGGGCUGCGUCCUCCCGCCCCCUCCCAUCCGAGUUUCAGGUGAAUGGGUCACCGAGGGAGGAGGCCAACACACCACACCUACACUCCCGCGCCCACCUCUCCCUCCCUGCUUCCUCCGGCGGAGGCGGCAAGAACCGAGAGCUAGGGCCAGAGCGCCAAGGAGCUCGUCCGGGACGCAGCAGAUUGGGUUAUCUUGGGAGCUAUAGGGCAUUGCUCAUCCUGAAGAUCAGCUGACCAUUGACAUCAGCCAUGUCAUCCAGGCCUCUUGAAAGUCCACCUCCUUACAGACCUGAUGAAUUCAAACCGAAUCAUUAUGCACCAAGCAAUGACAUGUGUGGUGGAGAGAUGCAUGUUCGACCGAUGCUGUCUCAGCCAGCAUACUCUUUUUACCCAGAAGAUGAAAUUCUUCACUUUUACAAAUGGACCUCUCCUCCAGGAGUGAUUCGGAUUCUGUCUAUGCUCAUUAUUGUGAUGUGCAUUGCCAUCUUUGCCUGUGUGGCCUCCACGCUUGCCUGGGACAGAGGCUAUGGAACUUCCCUUAUAGGAGGUAGUGUAGGCUACCCUUACGGAGGAAGUGGCUUUGGUAGCUACGGAAGUGGCUAUGGCUAUGGCUAUGGUUAUGGCUAUGGCUAUGGAGGCUAUACAGACCCAAGAGCAGCAAAGGGCUUCAUGUUGGCCAUGGCCGCCUUUUGUUUCAUUGCCGCGUUGGUGAUCUUUGCUACCAGUGUUAUAAGAUCUGAAAUGUCCAGAACAAGAAGAUAUUACUUAAGUGUGAUAAUAGUGAGUGCUAUCCUGGGCAUCAUGGUGUUUAUUGCCACAAUUGUCUAUAUAAUGGGAGUGAACCCAACUGCUCAGUCUUCUGGAUCUCUGUAUGGUUCACAAAUAUAUGCCCUCUGCAACCAAUUUUAUACACCUGCCGUUACUGGACUCUACGUGGAUCAGUAUUUAUAUCACUACUGUGUUGUGGAUCCCCAGGAGGCCAUUGCCAUUGUACUGGGUUUCUUGAUUAUUGUGGCUUUUGCUUUAAUAAUUUUCUUUGCUGUGAAAACUCGAAGAAAGAUGGACAGGUAUGACAAGUCCAAUAUUUUGUGGGACAAGGAACACGUUUAUGAAGAGCAGUCCCCCAAUGUCGAGGAGUGGGUAAGUGUUAAAAAAAUAACUUUACAUCUUUUAUUAAAGCCCCAAAUUUGUUUAAGGUUAAAAUGUGUCUGCAGGCACACAGACGUGCUCUCACCCCCAUCUGACUAUGCGGAAAGAGUUGACAGUCCCAUGGCAUACUCUUCCAAGGCAAAUGAUGACAAGCGGUUUAUCCAGAGUUCCUUAAAAUACACGCCGGUUCCUGAAGUGGUUCAGGAGCUUCCAGUGACUUCGCCUGUGGAUGACUUCAGGCAGCCUCGUUACAGCAGCAGUGGUAACUUUGAGACACCUUCAAAAAGGACUUCUGCAAAGGGAAGAGCAGGAAAGUCAAAGAGAACAGAGCAAGAUCACUAUGAAACAGACUACACGACUGGCGGCGAGUCCUGUGAUGAGCUGGAGGAGGACUGGAUCAGGGAAUAUCCACCUAUCACUUCAGAUCAACAAAGACAACUGUACAAGAGAAAUUUUGACACUGGCCUACAGGAAUACAAGAGCUUACAAUCAGAACUUGAUGAGAUCAAUAAAGAACUCUCCCGUUUGGAUAAAGAAUUGGAUGACUAUAGAGAAGAAAGUGAAGAGUACAUGGCUGCUGCUGAUGAAUACAAUAGACUGAAGCAAGUGAAGGGAUCUGCAGAUUACAAAAGUAAGAAGGAUCAUUGCAAGCAGUUAAAGAGCAAAUUGUCACACAUCAAGAAGAUGGUUGGAGACUAUGAUAGACAGAAAACAUAGAAGGCUGAUGCCAAGUUGUUUGAGAAAUUAAGUAUCUGACAUCUCUGCAUUCUUCUCAGAAGGCAAAUGACUUUGGACCAUAACCCAGGAAGCCAAACCUUGUGAGCAUCACAAAGUUUUGGUUGCUUUAAUAUCAUCAGUAUUGAAGCAUUUUAUAAAUAGCUUUUGAUAAUCAACUGGGCUGAACACUCCAAUUAAGGAUUUUAUGCUUUAAACAUUGGUUCUUGUAUUAAGAAUGAAAUACUGUUUGAGGUUUUUAAGCCUUAAAGGAAGGUUCUGGUGUGAACUAAACUUUCACACCCCAGAUGUUGUCUUAAUACCUACAUGUAUUUGUUUGCAUAGGUGAUCUCAUUUAAUCCUCUCAACCACCCUUCAGAUAACUGUUAUUUAUAAUCACUUUUUUCCACUUAAGGAAACUGGGUUCCUGCAAUGAAGUCUCUGAAGUGAAACUGCUUGUUUCCUAGCACACACUUUUGGUUAAGUCUGUUUUAUGACUCCAUUAAUAAUAAACUCCCUGGCCUUUCAUAUUUUAGAUACUAUAUAUGUGAUGAUCUACCAGCCUCCCUAUUUUUUUCUGUCAUAUAAAUGGCUAAAAGAAGUUUUUCUUAAAUAAUAAAGAUCAUGUAAAAGUAACAAAUGUGUGAAAUUUAAAGAUUGUAAAUAUACAUUUACUUUUUUAAGAUCAAAGUUUAAACCCAGUGGUUAGAAUUUUGUGUAUUUUUAAAUACUUUUUAUCUUUUAUGGUUUACAUGCAUUUUUUAAAAAACCAACUAAACCUUUUCUUUAUAUCAGAAUAUCUGAUUACAUUUAUAAUUCAAUUGUGACUUGAACUGUAUCUUACAGGAAUGUUCAAUUUCUAUACAUAUUUUAUAAGGUAUUCAACCUGGUGUUUUCUUUCCAUAAUAACCUGUUUGAUGUUGUUAGUGCUGUUAACAUACAGCUGUGGAAAACCACACUCAGGAGUUGUAUCUGUUGUUGUUUAUACUCUUUUGGGUGCUGUGCUGGUUAGUCGUUUCCCAAUCCUUUGGCUGUAAGAAUGCUGGUGUGUCUGCAAAUAGAAUGGUAUACCACGAAAUACCAAAUAAUUUCAAAUGGUGCCCUUAAAUUGUAUCACUUUUU